ACAAACAGGUGCGGCCCAUGUUAAUGCUCCAGUCGCUCACCGUGUUGCGUGCGCCGCCUGUCCUAUAUCUUUGCGGAAUGGGAUCACCAACACCAACACGGCCUCUUCCCUUCCCGGCCAGUCGGCUGUUGCCUGUCGUCGCUGGUGAGCGGGAUCAUUCUAUUUCGCCUCGUCCUGUCCAGUCCACUGGUCGUGAGUUGUGAGAAACCAGCAGGCCAUGACGGAGAAGACGGUGGUGCUGUACCCCUCCCUGGGCGUGGGCCAUCUGAACCCCAUGGCGCAGCUGGCCAAGGCCAUCCUCCGCCACGGCGGCGUCGCCGUCACCAUCGCCGUCGUCGACCCGCCCGAGAAGCACGCCGUGCUGGCUGCUGCGCUGGCCCGCCUGGCCGUGGUCAGUCCCUCCAUCACGGUCCACCUCCUCCCCAUCCCGCCCUGCGCCAGCAGCAACCAGCAUUCCCACCCCAUUAAGCCCAUCCUGGAUGCGCUCCGCGCCGCGAACCCCGCGCUGCGGGCGUUCCUCGCGUCGCGGGUCCCCGCCGUCGACGCCCUCGUGGUCGACAUGUUCUGCACCGACGCGCUCGACGUCGCCGCGGAGCUCGGGAUCCCCGCCUACUUCUUCUACCCGUCCGCGGCCGGCGACCUCGCGGUGUACCUCCAGAUUCCAGAUCUCUUCCGCGCCGUGCCGCCCUCGCCCAAGGACAUGGGCAAGGCGGUGCUGAACUUCGCCGGCGUGCCGGCAGUCCGCGCUCUCGACAUGCCUGACACCAUGCAGGACUGGGAGAGCGACGUGGGCAGCGUACGCCUGCGGCAGCUCGCCCGGAUGCCCGAAGCUGCAGGCGUUCUGGUGAACAGCUUCGAGUGGCUGGAGUCGAGGGCACUGAAAGCGCUGCGUGACGGCGACUGCCUGCCCGGCCGCUCGACGCCGAAAAUCUACUGCGUCGGUCCCCUGGUCGACGGUGGCGACGCCGAGGGAAACGGCGAGAGGCACGCGUGCCUCGAGUGGAUGGACGGGCAGCCCAGGCAGAGCGUGGUGUUCCUCUGCUUCGGAAGCCUGGGCGCCUUCCCGGCGGCGCAGCUGAAGGAGACGGCGCGCGGGCUAGAGCGUUGCGGACACAGGUUCCUGUGGGCCGUGCGAAGUCGGGAGCAGAGCUCUCGCGAGCCUGAUCUGGAAGCGCUGCUUCCGGACGGGUUCUUGGAGAGAACCAGAGGCAGAGGACUGGUGCUGAAGAACUGGGCGCCACAGACACAGGUGCUGCGGCACGAGGCCGUGGGAGCCUUCGUCACUCACUGCGGGUGGAACUCGGUGCUGGAGGCUGUCAUGUCCGGCGUGCCGAUGAUCUGCUGGCCGCUGUACGCGGAGCAGAGACUGAACAAGGUGCACGUGGUGGAGGAGAUGAAGCUUGGGGUGGUGAUGGAAGGCUAUGAGGAGGAGACGGUGACGGCCGACGAGGUGGAGGCCAAGGUACGGCUGGUGAUGGAGUCGGAGGAAGGGAAGAAGCUCAGAGAGAGGACGGCGAUGGCCAAGGAAAUGGCUGCCGAUGCCAUGAAAGAAAGCGGGUCGUCUCACGUCGAACUUGGUGGAGGCCAUGGAGUUGGUCGAAUAGCAGCUCUGCUACACACACGAACUCAACUUGCAUAGGUGGUGGUGACCAGGUUACUGCUCAAUCCAAUCGGACGAAGACAAAAGCCACGAGUUCACCACAUUCUCAUCACAGCUCCUCACAAACACUACCGACGCACCAAUCAUGUUGAAAUCAGAGGGAUUAGUGAAAUCACCUCCACAGAGCUCCUUAGCUUGUAAUGCCGAAGUGACAUGGAUGAUAGUAAUUAAGACCCUGGCGCCCCAUAGCAGACAGCACAGCGCCUCGGACAGCAGUGGCGGCCUUCUCCGACACCUCCAUCGUGCCGAGCUCGGUGGCGAACGCGGAGCCCGAUGUAGCUAGAUGAUGGUCGUUAUGACUGGCGAGAGCUCGCACGUGAGUGUGAAGGCGAGGACGCCACCGACAGAGAGGUGGAGGCUGAGGUGGGCGAACUUGCGCACGAACUGGAUGGUGAAUGUCAUGCCCACGAAGGCAGCGGUAAGGCGCACAUGCCACGGUCGGCUAAAACCGAGAUGGACGAGGAGGGGCAUGCCACAGUGGAGGCGCAGGAUGAGCGAGGAGAGCUUGGCCAAGAGGUGACGCGCGUCAGAGUCGUCGGAGGCGGGUUCAAGUAGGAUGGCGGCACGAGGAACUUGUGCCGGAGGGAGAGGAUCUGCGAGCCGUUAAUCCACAGCGACUCGAGCUGCUCGGACGCGGGGCGGAGUGACUCGGAGGUGGUUUGGUGAAGGAUCUGGUCGGCGUUGAACUGCGCGACGUCGGCCAUGAGAACCUUGUUGCCGGUGGAUGGGGUACCUUCUCGUCCACCUCUAGCACUUUCAACUCCUUGUUAGAGCAACUAUUAUAAUACAGCCAGCGGCUGGCUGUAAGAUUUCUUUACAGUCUUAUUACAGCUCACUCAUAUAAUGGUUAGCUUAUCACUAUUAAUAUAUGACCCAUUUGUCUGUCUCA